GGGAAAAACCAAAUAAUACUUUAGCCCUUUUUGUCGUUUUCACAAUUUAUAUACCAAAACAAAAAACAGCUGUUUCCAUGCUAGAUAUGGGCGAAGAGAUCAAUUGAUAUAUAUCGAUAUCGCAAUCGAUACUGUAUGCUGCAAUUUCUGACGGCAGGGUGACAGCUCUGCAAAACUGCUGCACAAGAAGAAGAUAAUUGACGUGUCACUUGAAAAAUUUGUGCAAUUGGAAAGUGCACGGCAGGCAAUAGUUAAGUACACGUAAAGUCAAACGUCAAACGCCGAUAUCAAUUGAGGAGACACCGCCACGGCAGCAACAAAAUGUUGACCAAUUUCGAGUCAAAGUCGGCCCGUGUCAAGGGUUUGUCGUUCCAUCCGAAACGACCAUGGAUUCUCACCAGUUUACACAGCGGUGUCAUCCAGUUGUGGGAUUAUCGCAUGCACACUCUGCUUGAGAAGUUUGAUGAACACGAUGGCCCCGUUCGUAGUGUGGCUUUUCACCAACAGAUGCCGCUCUUUGUCUCGGGUGGUGAUGAUUACAAGAUCAAGGUGUGGAAUUACAAGCAACGCCGUUGCAUCUUCACACUGCUGGCGCAUUUAGAUUAUGUGCGCACAGUGGCAUUCCAUCACGAGUAUCCAUGGAUCUUGAGUGCAUCCGAUGAUCAGACUAUCCGCAUUUGGAAUUGGCAAUCGCGCAACUGCAUCUGUGUGCUGACCGGCCACAAUCAUUAUGUGAUGUGCGCCCAGUUCCAUCCCACCGAGGAUCAAAUUGUGUCCGCCUCACUGGAUCAGACGGUGCGCGUCUGGGACAUUUCGGGAUUGCGCAAGAAGAAUGUCGCCCCCGGCCCGGGAGGACUCGAUGAGCAUCUGAAGGGUCAUCCAGGUGCCACAGAUCUUUUCGGUCAGGCCGAUGCUGUGGUCAAGCAUGUGCUCGAGGGUCACGAUCGUGGCGUCAAUUGGGCCAGUUUCCAUCCAACACUGCCUCUGAUUGUAUCCGGUGCCGAUGAUCGAUUGGUGAAGCUGUGGCGCAUGAACGAGUACAAGGCUUGGGAGGUGGACACUUGCCGUGGUCACUACAACAAUGUGUCGUGUGUGCUGUUCCAUCCACGACAGGACUUGAUCAUUUCCAAUGGUGAAGAUCGCAGCAUACGCGUCUGGGACAUGACGAAACGUCAGUGUCUGUUCACAUUCCGACGUGACAACGAACGUUUCUGGAUUAUGGCAGCGCAUCCCACCCUCAAUCUCUUUGCAGCCGGUCACGAUGGCGGCAUGGUCGUCUUUAAGCUGGAGCGUGAGCGUCCCGCCUACGCAGUCCAUGGCAACAUGUUAUACUACGUGAAGGAUCGCUUCUUGCGCAAACUGGACUUUACCACCACCAAGGAUACUGUGGUGAUGCAACUGCGUCCUGGCAAAUCGCCUGUGUACAGCAUGUCCUACAAUCCGGCGCUUAAUGCCGUGCUCAUCUGCACACGCACCAACAAUCUGGAGAAUAGCACCUAUGAUCUGUGCCAGAUACCCAAAGACAGCGAGAGCGAGCGUCAAAAUGAAUCGGACAGCAAACGCAGCUCAGGCAUUACAGCAAUUUGGGUGGCACGCAAUCGCUUUGCGGUGCUUGAUCGCAAUCAGCAGCUGGUGGUGAAGAACUUUAAGAACGAGGUGACCAAAAAGAUACCCACCUUCUGUGAGGAGAUCUUCUAUGCAGGCACUGGCAUGUUGCUCAUUCGUGACCCAGAAUAUGUGACUCUGUAUGAGGUGCAACGUCUUGUGUCGGUGGGCAGCAUUAAGUUGGCCAAGUGCCGCUAUGUUGUGUGGUCGCCAGACAUGUCGCUGGUCGCUUUGCUCUGCAAGCAUUCGGUGACCAUUUGCGAUCGUCGUCUGCAGUUCCUGUGCACCGUUCAGGAGAAUUGCCGCGUCAAAUCCGGUGCCUGGGAUGAGUCCGGUGUGUUCAUCUAUACGACCAGCAAUCACAUCAAAUAUGCCAUCACCAAUGGCGAUCACGGCAUCAUUCGCACCCUGGAUUUGCCCAUCUAUUUGACACGUGUCAAGGGCAAUCAAGUGUUCUGCUUGGAUCGCGAGUGUCGCACCCGUGUGCUCCACAUUGAUCCCACGGAGUACAAGUUCAAGUUGGCGCUGAUUCAACGCAAAUACGACGAAGUGUUGCACAUGGUGCGCAAUGCUCGACUCGUUGGCCAGAGCAUCAUUGCUUAUCUGCAGCAGAAGGGUUAUCCCGAGGUGGCGCUGCAUUUCGUCAAGGAUGAGAAGACACGCUUUGGCUUGGCCUUGGAGUGCGGCAACAUUGAGAUUGCAUUGCAGGCGGCCAAGGCGCUGGAUGACAAGGAUUGCUGGAAUCGUUUGGGACAAGCUGCUUUGCUGCAGGGCAAUCAUCAGGUGGUGGAAAUGUGCUAUCAGCGCACCAAGAACUUUGACAAGCUUAGCUUCCUGUAUCUGAUCACUGGCAAUCUGGAGAAGCUCAAGAAGAUGAAUAAGAUCGCCGAAAUACGCAAGGAUGUCUCCGCACAAUAUCAGGGCGCUUUGCUCCUGGGCGAUGUCAAAGAACGUGUCGGCAUACUCAAGAACUGUGGCCAACUGUCGCUGGCCUAUCUGACGGCCGCCACCAAUGGAUUGGAUGAGCUAGCGGAGACCAUUGGUGCCAGCAUUACCGACGAGGGCAGCUCGUUGCCGGAGAUUAAUCCAAAUGCGCAACUGUUGCAGCCGCCGGUGCCCAUUCAACAGCUUGAGACCAACUGGCCACUGUUGUCCGUCUCGAAGGGCUUCUUCGAGGGAGCCAUGGUGACGCGUGCCGGAACCAGUGCCACAGCACGCCAAGCGCUCAACAUCAAUGCGGAUGCCGCGCUGCUGGAUGAGCAUAAUGGCGGCGGCGAUGGCUGGGGCGCCGAUGCUGAUCUGGGAUUGGGCGAGGACGACGAUGGCGAUGAGGAAAUGCACGAUGCUUUGAGCAACGAUGAAGCUCAGGAUGAUGCUGCUGGCGGCGGUGGCUGGGAUGUUGGCGAUGAUGAUUUGGUGGUGCCACUCGAAUUGGCCUCCAAGAUUAAGGCCUCGGCACUCGAUAGCAACUAUUAUGCGGCACCCAACAAGGGUCAAUCUCCAGCACAACAUUGGGCCAACAACUCGCAGCUGGUGGUGGAUCAUGUGAAGGCGGGCGCCUUUGAGAGUGCCUUCCGUCUGCUAAACGAUCAGCUGGGCGUCGUCAACUUCAAGCCCUUCAAGUCGCUAUUCCUGCAGAACUAUGCGGCCACUCGCACCAGCUACACAGCGUAUCCGAAUCUGCAAUCGCUGUCGGGUUAUCCGCUGCGCAAUGCUGGCGAAACGAAUCCCAAGCAACAGCGUCCCGCAUUGGGCAUUAAACUGAAUGAGUUGGUGUCACGUCUGCAGGCCUGUUAUCAGAUGACCACCAUGGGUAAAUUCAGCGAGGCCAUCGAAAAGUUCCACUCCAUACUCAUAAGUAUUCCGCUGCUGGUGGUGGACACCAAACUGGACGUGGCCGAGGCUCAGCAGCUGCUCAAGAUCUGUGCCGAGUACAUAGUAGGCCUCAAGAUGGAAACUGUGCGCAAGGGCAUGCCGAAAUCAACGCUGGAGGAGCAGAAGCGUCUCUGUGAAAUGGCCGCCUACUUUACACACUGCAAACUGCAGCCGGUUCAUCAGAUUCUCACGUUGCGCACUGCGUUGAAUAUGUUCUUCAAGCUGAAGAACUAUAAAACAGCCGCCUCAUUUGCCCGUCGUCUGCUGGAGCUGGCUCCCAGGCCAGAGGUGGCGCAGCAGGUGCGCAAAAUUUUGCAGGCCUGCGAGGUGAAUCCCGUUGAUGAGCAUCAGCUGCAGUACGAUGAGUUCAAUCCGUUUAAUAUCUGCGCUAUCAGCUGGAAGCCGAUCUAUCGUGGCAAGCCGGAGGUGAAUUGUCCCUUCUGUGGCUCCUCCUAUGAUCCGCAGUAUAAGGGCAGCAUCUGUGGCGUCUGCGAGGUUAGCCAGGUGGGCAAGGACAGCAUUGGAUUGCGCAUUUCCACGCUGCAGUUCCGUUAAACGGAACGAAACGUUGCGCAUUAAUUAUUAAUUGCCUUAGUUUUAAUGUCUUUAAAAUAUAUUCAUAUUAAAUAUCUACAAAUACAAUAUACGACAAAUACAUUGCAA